AUGGACAUGUACCCGAGCAACCGCCGCCGAUGGGCCGAUAUCGAGGACGAGGAGGAGCAGGCCACGGCAGCAAUGCGCAGUUCCAGCAUCACCAGCGAGGUGCUUGCUGCGCCGGACACCACCUUCUUGCAGGUGGAAAAUGUGGUUGCGGACGGCAACUGCUUGUUCCACGCCCUGGUCCACGCGCACACGCGGGCGACAGAGGACGAGAACAGUGACAGGCCCCUUCCUGCAGAGCUGGGACAGGCCCUUCGCCGGGAUGUGACAAGCUUCCUGAUAGCCCAUGCAGUCGAGCAGGGCGACUUUGCGGAGAGUUGGUUGGAAGAGGCAGAACGUUUGGAAAGAGGAUCGGGGGAGGCGUGGGCUGGAAACGUCUCGAUCGUGGCCUUCUCCCUCAUGCAGGAAUGCCGCGUCCAGGUGCACACACGCCGUCCCGAUGGUUCCAUCGUGACAAUGGACUCCACCCACCGAGAUCUUCAAGAUCUCGCUGACUUGCCUAUGGUUCGCGUGCUAUACAAUGGAGAAGACCACUACGAUGCGUUGGUGGAGGCCGAAAAUGUGGGACUUCUAGUGCCCGCAUGGGAAGGUCAGACGUGGCCGCUGAGGUACUGGCGAAUUCCGCCGCAAGAAAUGCACCCUCAAGAUAUCGACGGUUCAUUGCUGCCGAUGAAGAAGACAAGAUCGAUGGAGUCCAUCACUUCGCCCGAGCUUCCCGGCAGCACGGACGACAUCCUGGAGGAGGUGUGCCAGGCGGUCGUGGCGCCGACAUCCACCCAUCCGCAUCGCCAAAUGGAGGAUGCCAUUACGAAGCUG